AUGGUGUACAUAACAUUUCUCUAUUGUCACAGCUGUACUCGUGCCACAGUUGAACAAGAAAAUAAGGCUAUUCCAUAUGACUGCGAGACCCGCCGUCCAUGUAUCGGAAGUUGUGGUCAUUCAAUAUGUGAAAUCUGCGUGACAGAUAGAAGUGAUAAAUCAUGUCCGAUAUGUCACCAGGAGAAUUCAUUUAAGACUAAGACUAUCAACUAUUUCGCACUUCCAAUUAUUGAAGAUUAUCAGAAUAAGGCGUGGGAGAAUAUGAAAGGAUUGUGGAGAGGAAGUGGACUCAACACGUCCCUCUGCUCCGGUUGCUCAUCGGAAACCGAGCUCACCAGUCUCCGAAUAUGUCAUGAUUGUACUCGUGACAUGGAUUACUCGUGGAAUUUCAAUGAAUUUUGUUCGAAUUAUGUGGAAAUCCAGACGAGAGCAUUGUGUGAAGACUGCCUGCAAACUCACCAUCACGGACAUCAUUUCUCUCGAAUAAUGGCACUUUCAGCACCUCAACAUAAUAUAAAAAAGACGACGGCUGAUGUGAUUUAUGCACUUUUUGAGAAUUGGAUGGAGAAAACGCCAGGAUUCAUUAAUUGUGAACUAAGGAGAGCACGAAUUUACUAUAAUUGUGGAUUGCUGGAGAAUCAGGCACUAGGAAUGCCACGUGGCAAGUGUGGAUGGUUUCGUGCUAAAAUCAAGGCUGAAAUCAACAAAAAUCUGAUUGAGAACAUUGAGAAACAAGUAGAAAAUUGGCGAAACGGUGAAGGUCCGAAUCCAGAUGAGACUCUUAGAAAUUCCAAAUGUGAAUGCGUCAGAAUUUAUGAAGAAUUGAAGGAGUUGGGGUACGAGCAAGACAUUUCAAAUUGUUAUCAAAAAUUGUUGAAAGGAGAAAGGAAGAAAAGAACUGGUAUAAUGAUCAGUGAUAUUCAAGGAUGUCCGCUGUAUUUUGAUUUCAAUCAGAAGAGGAGAGACAAGUUGAGCGAUUGGGGAUAUCAGAAUUUCGAUGAAAUUAUAUUGAGCAGAUGGACAGAUGUUACUUUAGACGAUUUAUUAGUAAUGAACAGCAAAGAGAUCAAUAUAAGAAGUGCCCGAGUUAUUGAUGAAAAGAUCCUGAACAGAUUUAUCAAACAUUGGAUAGCUGGAUCUAAUAAACGAAUGAAGUACCUGGGACUUGCGACUCAAAAUAGAAUCACAAUUGAUAGAGCUGCAGUGUUGAAAGGAAUACGUCACGUACUGGUUCCAAAAGAAUGUAGGAGGUUCUUCAAAGAUACUCCUUCUCUCAAACAUUCCAUUGAAGGUGGUUACGAUUUCAAAAGAAAAGAUGGAACAACUGGAACGAUUGUUUUCGACCGUUUUGAAUAUUUUCAGCUCUUUGUUUGGCCUUGA